UGUUUUACACAGAACACAAAGCGUAUUAACCCACACACAGGUAAGGAAGGUGAGAGGCCACUGAUAUGUUCAGAGUAUGGGAAAUCUUUUGCACAUAAAUCAGAUCUUGUUAUACAUCAGAAAAGUCACACAGGUGAGAAGCCAUUUCCAUGUUCUGAGUGUGGGAAAUGUUUUGCACGGAAAUCGCAUCUUGUUAUACAUCAGAGAAGUCACACAGGUGAGAAGCCGUUUUCUUGCUCUGAGUGUGGGAAAUGUUUUUCCCAGAAAUCACAUCUUGUUCUACAUCAGAGAAGUCACACAGGUGAGAGGCCGUUUUCUUGCUCUGAGUGUGGGAUAUGUUUUUCCCAGAAAUCACAUCUUGUUCUACAUCAGAGAAGUCACACAGGUGAGAAGCCAUUUUCUUGCUCUGAGUGCGGGAAAUGUUUUUCCCAGAAAUCACCACUUGUUACACAUCAGCGAAGUCACACAGGUGAGAAGCCAUUUUCUUGCUCUGAGUGUGGAAAAUGUGUUAGAUGGAAAUCACAACUUCUUACUCAUUACAGAAGUCACACAGGUGAGAAUAUAUUUCCAUGUUCUGAGUGUGGGAAAUGUUUUUCCCAGAAAUCACAUCUUGUUCUACAUCAGAGAAGUCACACAGGUGAGAGGCCGUUUUCUUGCUCUGAGUGUGGGAAAUGUUUUUCCCAGAAAUCACAUCUUGUUCUACAUCAGAGAAGUCACACAGGUGAGAAGCCAUUUUCUUGCUCUGAGUGUGGGAAAUGUGUUAGAUGGAAAUCACAACUUGUUACUCAUUACAGAAGUCACACAGGUGAGAAUAUAUUUCCAUGUUCUGAGUGUGGGAAAUGUUCUGCACACAAAUCAGAUCUUAGAAACCAUGAGAGAAGUCACACAGGUGAGAAGCCAUUUCUCUAACGUCCUAAGUGGAUGCUGGGGAGUCCGUAAGGAC